AUGCUGCAGCCAGAGGGUCCCCCGGCCUCGGAGGAGGGGACAGCUGCUGGGAUCCGGCGAGGCGACUGCAUCAUCUGCUACUCGGCCUACGACCUGGCCGGGCGCCUGCCCCGCCGCCUGUACUGCGGCCACACCUUCUGCCAGGCGUGCGUGCGGAGGCUGGACGCGCCCAUCCACGAGCAGCGCUGGAUCCCCUGCCCGCAGUGCCGCCAGAGCACCCCCACGCCCCGCGGAGGGGUGGCCAUGCUGGACCUGGACCUGGCCGCCUUCCUGGCCAUCAAGGCCGAGCGGGAGCCGCCCCGCGUGGAGCCCCGGCCCCCUGCGCCCCUCAAAGGCGGCCCCGCGGUCACUCGGCAGCCCGCCCUGCUGCUGCUGGGGCUGCGGCCACCUCUGCUGGGCGCCCCCGGGCAGCCCCGGGGUCUGAGCUCCGGCCACGGCGGCCCCUGGGACAGGGCGGCGGCUGCUGGCAGGGCGCUGGCCUGGGACCCUCCGCAGGGGCGCAGCCCGCCCAGAACAGCCUGGGGACCCAAGGCCCCGGGCGCCGCCCCCCACGGACACCUGGGCCACAGCCUGAGGCCGGGGGCUGUGGCCACAGGACCGUGA